AUGGUCAAGGCGCCGCUAGACGACCCUCCCGAUGGUCAGGUAUAUUACAUACCGCAUCACGCAGUUAUACGCGAGCAUAGCUCGACAACUCGUCUGCGCGUCGUGUUCAACGCCUCGCAUCCGACUUCCAAUGGUCUCUCCUUGAAUGAUCAUCUCAUGGUUGGCCGCAAACUGCAACCUGAGCUGUCAUUCAUCAUUUUGCGAUGGCGGCAAUAUCGGUUUGUAUUUACCGACGAUAUCGCAAAAAUGUAUCGUCAAAUCCUCGUUCACCCCUCCGACGUGGAGUAUCAGCGAAUCUUAUGGCGACCCACUCCGACCUCGCCAUUGAUAGCCUAUCUCUUGUUAACAGUCACGUACGGUAACGCGAACGCGCCGAAUGCCGCCCUUCGUGUCGUCGAACAAGUCGCCAAGGACGAAGGCGCGGAAUGUCCGUUGGCCGUUCCG